UUUCAUACUCUGAGAAUGCAAAGGCAAAAAAAAGCAAAGGUGAUAACAUUAAAUGCUUGUGAAAAUGAUCGGAAAACGGCCGCAAUUUCUUCGAUUCCACUGUCGAAUGCGGUCAGAAAAAUGCGGACGAUACUGCUGGUCUUUCUAGUGACCCUAGUGAUCAAUUGUCAUGGGGCACCUCAACUUAGUAUCAAUACGUCGGGUGGAUUGGGAGGAAUAAUCGAUAAUAUUGAAGGUGUGAUUCCUGGCUUGGGUUCGAACUCAAAUCAAGACGAUGGUUCCAGUGGACAAAAGGGGGAUGGCUCGACUGGAUCGGGGGGGAGUGAUCCAGGUGGAUCCGGGUCAGAUAAGCAAGAUAUGGAUGGAGGUAUUCUUACGCGCAUUGGAAAUGUUGUCUUUGGUUUUGGUAGUGAUGGAGAUCUCUCAGGAGACGAAAAUGAUUCCGACGGAGACGGUAAUUCCUUAGGUUUAGGAUUAGUUUCAGAAGUCCUAGGGGGUAGUGAUGGGAGGGGGACAGAUUUAGAUUUAAGUGGACUGCCAGGGAUGGGUGAUAAUGAUGGAGAGGGUGGUCAAGGGUCUAGUGGAAAAGCUGGUAGUCAAGGCGAUACGAAUAGUGGAACAGAUGAUAUGGAUUCCACUGGUUCAGGGUCAAGUAAUACAGGUGACCAAGGAGCAGACUCACAAGAUUCCGAUGAGGGCAUCAUUGGGAAAGCAGUAGAUACUAUCUUCGGUUUUGGUAGCGAUGGGUCAAGUUCAGGAGAUGCAAAUGGUACCGGUGGAAACAGUAAUUCCUCUGGCUCAGGGUCAGGAUCAGGUGGAGAAAGGCAAGAAGACGGUACUGAUGGAGCGUCGAAUGCAGGAUCAAACGAAGGAGGAGGAAAUGGUAAUGAUGAAGAGCCAGAUUCCGUUAAAGAAGGAGCGGGUGGUAACAGUUCAGAUGACGAUGGAGACGAUUCUGAUGAUGAUAUAUUUCACCGAUUCAUCGAUACAAUCCCUGGCUUCGGCCAGAGCAGUUCUAGUUCCAAUGAAGAAGGUGGUACCGGUGCAGACAGUAGUUCAGGUACUUCAGGGUCAGACGGGGGGACAGAUGGGAACUCUGGUGGUACUGAUCGGUCAGGGGAAGAGAAUGACUCCAGUAAGGAUGGCGAUGCCGGCAGUUCAGGGGCAGGAGGUGACGGUGAUAGUAAUGAGGGUAUUUUUGGUAGAAUUAUAGAUAUCAUACCAGGUACUGGUUUGAUUCCCCGUUUCGGAGGCAGCUCUGAUAGUGACAGCAGUAGUAGUAGUAGUAGUAGUAGCAGCAGUAGGAGUUCAAGCUCAAGUGAGGAAGGUGAUUCUACUGGGGGAUCAGCAGGCCAAAUGUCAGGUGAUGUAGGUCUUGAUAAUGAUUCGGCUGGUGAGGGAGGUUUAGGGAGUAACGGCUCAGGUAGUUCGGAUGCAGGGGAUUCUAUGGAAAAUAAUUCAGCUGACUCAGGAUCAACAGGUGAUAAUUCAGCAAGUGGAGAUAGUCCAGGGGGUAGCGAUUCGAGUGGCAAAAAUCCAGAUGGAGAUAAUACAGGGGGUGGAGGUUCUGGGGGAUCAGAUGGAGGAGACGCAGAAAGUAAUUCAUCUGGAUCCGGACCAGGAGGAGAUUUAGGAGAUAAUAAUUCAGGUGGUGCUGAACCAGACGAAGUAGGUCCAGAAAGUAGUCCAUCUGGAGGCGGACCAGGAGGAGAUUCGGAAGAUAAUAAUUCAGACGGUGCUGAACAAGACGGAGAAGGCCCAGAAAGUAAUCCAUCUGGGGCCGGACCAGGAGGAGAUUUAGGAGAUAAUAAUUCAGGCGGUGCUGAACCAGACGGAGAAGGUCCAGAAAGUAGUCCAUCUGGAGGCGGACCAGGAGGAGAUUCGGAAGAUAAUAAUUCAGGCGGUGCGGAACCAGACGGCGAAGGUCCAGACAGUAGUCCAUCGGGGGUCGGACCAGGAGGAGAAUCAGAAGAUAAUAAUUCAGGAGGUGCUGAGCCGGACGGAGAAGGUCCAGAAAGUAGUCCAUCGGGGGCCGGACCAGGAGGAGAUUUAGGAGAUAAUAAUUCAGGCGGUGCUGAACCAGACGGAGUAGGUCCAGAAAGUAGUCCAUCUGGAGGCGGACCAGGAGGAGAUUUAGGAGAUAAUAAUUCAGGCGGUGCUGAACCGGACGGAGAAGGCCCAGAAAGUAGCCCAUCUGGAGGCGGACCAGGAGGAGAUUCGGAAGAUAAUAAUUCAGACGGUGCUGAACCAGAUGGAGAAGGUCCAGAAGGUAGUCCAUCGGGGGUCAGACCAGGAGGAGAAUCAGAAGAUAAUAAUUCAGGAGGUGCUGAGCCGGACGGAGAAGGCCCAGAAAGUAAUCCAUCUGGGGCCGGACCAGGAGGAGAUUCGGAAGAUAAUAAUUCAGGCGGUGCGGAACCAGACGGAGAAGGCCCAGAAAGUAGUCCAUCGGGGGUCGGGCCAGGAGGAGAUUCAGAAGAUAAUAAUUCAGGCGGUGCGGAACCAGACGGAGUAGGUCCAGAAAGUAGUCCAUCUGGAGGCGGACCAGGAGGAGAUUUGGAAGAUAAUAAUUCAGACGGUGCGGAACCAGACGGAGAAGGCCCAGAAAGUAAUCCAUCUGGGGCCGGACCAGGAGGAGAUUCGGAAGAUAAUAAUUCAGGCGGUGCGGAACCAGACGGAGAAGGUCCAGACAGUAGUCCAUCGGGGGUCGGACCGAGAGGAGAUUUAGGAGAUAAUGAUUCAGGCGGUGCUGAACCAGACGGAGAAGGCCCAGAAAGUAACCCUUCUGGAGACGGACCAGGAGAAAAUUUAGGAGAUAAUAAUCCAGGCGGUUCUGGACCUGACGAGCAAGAGCCAGGCAGUAGUUCAUCUGGUUCAGAAUCAGAAGGAAUGGUAGGAGGUAACAAUUCAGGCGGUUCUGGAUCGACCGGAGAAGACCCAGAUAGUAAUUCCUCUGGUUCAGACGCGAAUCAACAGGGAGAUGGCAGCGAUUCUAAUUCGAUUGGCGGCAAUCAGGAGAGUUCUAGUAGUUCUAGUUCUAGUUCAAGUUCAAGUUCAAGCUCCAGUGAAGAACUAUCCGGAAGUGACAGCAACUCCACAGACGAGGAGGGUUCUAGUCAAAACUCCAGUUUAACAGGCCUCCUGGGUCUCGCACUUGUACCCUUGACACCCUUAGCACUCUUGGGCUCUCUCUUCACUUAAUCACACGAUUAAUUUAAUCGUCAACUGGAUCUCCUCAGCCGCACUGGACGACAUCGUCAAUCAAUAAAAAGAAAUUUCAGAUUAAUCCAUAACCGGAUCAGUUUGAAAAUCGAUUUCCACACCUCCUUGAAAUCCCCGACCAUCGAUUCAAAUAUCAAUUGACAGGCCCGAACCUUGUACCAAUUUUUAAUAAAUAUAUCCGUCCAAUAAAUCAUUCACCAAGUUC